AUGGCACGAAACUACAAGCCCAGCCACUGCAAUACGACAGCUCAAAAACCAGCCAACUGGACAGACAUCAGGCCACACAAGUACUGCGGGGCGCUCGACCUCGGACACGAAGGCCGGCCCAACAAAACGCAGACAUGUGCAGCCUGCCAGGAGGUCAAGGCACAUAUGGCUGGCCUCGUGAAGCGCAAUACGGACAUGCGACGCCAGGCCAAGAUGAACUGGACGAGCGGGACGUUUGAAGGCUAG